AUGACACAGCCCAACCCUCGUGCCAACGGUCCACCCGCGGGCACACUGCGAGAUAACGUCCUGGUACCUCCAUCACGCUCAACGAAAGACGGAGGCUCUCUGUCGGCUGCGAGCCUGCUGACGGCCAAGCAGGCCUCACACAUACGACAGGUCCCACCGCCGCCGGGCAGCUUCACCUCCGACCUGAAGUCGUUCAGCUCGCGACUGGAUCUCAACAGCUAUGGAGGCGGCAUGGAAGACGGCGCGGUGGAUCCCGCGACCUCGGAGCAGAAACAGCAGGAGUACCGCCAGGAGAUUGAGAAGCACACACGCUUGAAGGCAGGCACGGAGAACUUGCUGGAGGCACUCAGCACGCAGAAGGCGAAGAAGGCCAAGGACCAGCGGUUGGCGGCGGAAAGUCAGCUCAAUGCGUCAAACAGGAAGAUCGCGCAGCUGAAGAUCGAUCUGGAGGCAGAGAUACAGCGGAGUAAGGAGCAGCCUAUGAGUCCGAAAGGACGACUCUCUCAGCUGUUCCGGCCUUCACUGGAACGUGCUCGCGUCGAUGCGGAGCGUAUGCAGAUACCGGCUGAGUCGCCAGAACAGCAAGAUCCCGAGCUGGAGUCGCCCACUUACAUCCUCGCCGAGAUUCUCCAGGCUCUAGAAGUGGAAGAUAUGCAGCCGGACUACUAUGUCAACCAAGCGAACGACUUGGUCGAACUGUUUCGGCGGCAUCCCACGCUCAAGUACGACCUCGCGUGGUCCAUCUUCGGUCUUCGGAUGCAAGUCAUGCUACUCAGUGACAGCCGAGAAGUUGUUGCAGCUGGAUACCGCGUGAUUCGAUAUGCGAUCACUGACCGCAAGUCUCUACAGACCAUACGAGGUCUCCACACCGACGUCCUAGUGAUCCUCUCUUUGGUUAAAGAAAGCAAAGCACGUGUAGAACGCGAGCAGGCGAUCAAGUUUGUCAGAUCGUUCCUUGAUGUUCGAGAUGGCAUACAUGAGAUUCACCCCGCAAUCGUAAGGAUCAUUGCAGCAGUCGCUGAUCACUCCGAUGACCAGCUUCGAAGCAUUGCAAUCUUGACGUUAGCAGAAAUGCUGCUGAAAGAUCCAAUGCUCGUCGUGAUAGCUGGCGGAAUCAGUGUGCUCUCCGAUGCCAUGGGAAGCGGCGUGUAUCAUGCCCCAGAGACCUUGAUAGGGCCGCUCUUGCAUCUUAUGGACCUCCCUGCGAGAAGAGGCGUGCUGAGAUCUGGCUUCGAAUUCAGCUCGGCCUUUGCAACUUUCACCGAGCCACAUGCAUCGCAUCUGGAGGAGCGAUUGGUUGCAAGCUCGCGAGUCAUCGCCGGCAUGUUCAAAAGCUGGUCUGGCUUGAUGACUCUCUCGCUGCACGACUUCCUGCCUGUGCGAUCUGUAGUGUCCUCACUCUACAUCGCGGACUUUCGCGUGCGAACGGCUACUCUUGAUCUCCUCGCAGACAUACUACGACUGGAGAAACGAUCUUGGUCUACGCCCUUCAUCGGCGGCAGACGAUUGACCACUUACGCUCGCGUUGCGACCCUGAAUCUGGAGAAUGAUCCUUCGCAACACAAGAAGCGAGAAACCGACAAUGAUCGGCAAAAGCGCAAUCUAGUGCAGCACUUCAUCGCGGUUGCGCUUGCUGUACUGCUCCGGCAUGGUCUGUUGCAAGCCUUGCUUCAUGCAGAGCAUGAUGCGCCGACUGAUGCACUGAGGCGAAGGACGAAUCUCAUCAUUGCAGAAGUGCUGAAGAAAGCGAGCGAGCUGCUGCCAACUUCGUGGAGUGCGCAGCUUCAGACGAUGCCAGGCCUCUUCAACAAUGCAGUCAAAUUUGACACGGAGGAGCGGCACACCGCAUUGUCUACAGUGUACCAGGUCGAUAAGGUCAACCUGAAACUCUGGAGAUCCGAUCCUUCCACGACAACAACCAAGACUUACGAAGAGACUGAUGGCGCGCGAGCACGUUCUGCCUCGAAAACACAGGCUACUGCGGAAAUAGACGAAGUGCAGUUUAGAGCCCGCGUGCUCGAGACUGGCGUCCUGAACACGGUCAAUUACCUGAAGUGGGACUGGACUAUCAUACAGGAGUUGAUUGAUGGACCACUUACGAACCCGAAGCUACUGCACGAAGCUGUCGAGAAGUCCAAGUUCGUGCAUCGUCUCCUCAAGUUUCUACGACCAUUUCAAUUCCGCUUCUCGGACGCCUCUAACACCAAGGCGAAUCAACGAUAUGUCAAGAUGUCCUGUACGUUAGUCAAAACCUUGCUGCAGACAUCGGAAGGCGCGAAUUUCCUCUUCAACAACAAAGCUAUUCGUCAAUUGGCAGAGUGUCUGGCUCAGCUAGAUUCCGAAAGUGGCAUCACCUCCAAGAAUCCACUCUUUUCGCCAGAUCGUCUAUCGGACACACUCGUUGGCGGCUAUUUCGCAAUGCUGGGCAUCAUGUGCAGCGACUCAAAAGGAUUGCAGAUCCUCGAACGGUGGCACAUUAUCAAUAUGUUCUACCACAUUGUGGAGCUGAAGAGCCGGGAUGAUCUGAUCAAAUGCUUACUGACGAGCCUGGACUAUACGCUGGACAGCCAUCCAAGAAUCAUUCUGUCGAAAGCCAUGAUCGCUGGUUCAAAGCACAUGCGGAUAAUGGCCACCAGGAUCUUACGCAAGUACGCCAUCGAGCCUGUGGAGCCUAUGACACCGGGCGGCGGUCCCUCCGAAUGGGCUAUCAAGCUUUUGGUAAGCCAGCUCUACGAUCCAGAGAUCGAGGUCUGCGAAGUGGCCAUUCGGAUUCUGGAAGAAACGUGCAACGAUUUUAGAUCCCUGGAGUAUGUCGUCAAAUGUCGGCCUGCACUCGACCAUCUUGGUGAGAUUGGCGCUCCUUUGCUACUACGCUUCUUGUCUACCUCUGUUGGCUAUCACUACCUUGACGGCCUUGACUACAUCACGAGGGAGAUGGACGACUGGUUCCUCGGUCGCAACGACAGCUAUGUAACAGUCGUGGAAGCGUCCCUGGCUCGUGCACUUUCAGACCUGCCGGAGAAGCCACAGUCAUCCUUAGACGACACCCUUGGCCCGCAAGACUUUGGCUACGUUCCUCCCCACUUCUAUCGUGAGCUCACUCGUACUGCUGAAGGCUGCGAACUGCUUAAAGCGAAAGGGCAUUUCGAAGAGUUCACUGCCACGAUUCAGGACUUCGCUAUGGAGGACGAAGACCCCGAAACGAUCCUCAAGGUCAAAGGAUGCCUCUGGGCGGUCGGCAAUGUCGGAUCUAUGGAACUUGGAGCUCCCUUUCUUGAGCAUACUGAUGUCGUCAAAUACAUCGUCCAGAUUGCCGAAGACUCGCAAGUCAUGACACUACGUGGGACCGCCUUCUUUGUGCUUGGACUGAUCUCACGCAGUCUACACGGCCAGGAGAUUCUCGCCGAGUACGGCUGGGAUGGCACUGUCAACGUGAUGGGAGAGAGUCUUGGCUACGUCUUACCGGUGGACUUCGAGAAGCUCUUCUCGCUGCAGCCAUUCGCGAAUCCAGGACGCAAAAGCGCGAUCCUACACAGCAGGCCAGGUGCGAUCACCGAUGUCGAACCACAGAAUCAACACAUUCUAGACUCAAUCACUAAGUUGGGCAACACGGUCCUUACGAACAAAGCCUUGACCGAGCUCAACGGCUUCAAGCACAAGAAGGUCGCUGGCUUCGAAUCACCAGCGCUCUUCCGCAAGGUCAUGAUCCUACUGGCGAGUCACGCAUACCGUAUACCACAGUACAGAUUCGUCAUCGACCUGUUCGACAAGAGCGUGCUCAGGAAGAUAGUGCUAGAGGAAGAUGAAGAUAGCGAUGGAACUGAUUCAUCACGUGACGAGUGA